AUGAGUUUUAGCGACGAAGAAGACGAUUUGUAUUGGACCGACAAGUAUCGAACACUGGUUGGUCAGGAUGAGCCAGCAAAUAGAAAGGGAACGAUGGAGGAGUCACCGGAAAGAAAGAAAGUGAUGGAGAAGUCACUGAAAAGAAAGGACGUGAUGGAAAAGUCACUGAAAAGACAGAAAGUGAUGGAGGAAUCACCGGAAAGACAGGAAUCGGAAGAGUGGUCGCCGAAAAGAAAGGAACGGACAGGAGGGUCGCAGGAUAAAAAGGAACCGACAGAACGAAGAAGAGGGCGCAAAGAGAAAGCAAAACGAGAGGAUUCUUAUGAAAAAUACGAAUACGACGAUGUCGUCAAGUUCAUUUCGCUGAUUGAGGAAAGCGAGUUUCUUUGGAAUCCAUUAAAAACUGAUUUCCAUCGUAGAAGUGUAAAAUCGGAAAAGUUUGCCGAAAUCGAGGAAAAAUGCAGAUGCGCAGAAGAGCGCUGGCAGGAGAUCUCCACAGACUACGCUCAGCACCAAAAACGGAUCCAAAAAGCGUUGUCCGGAAGUGGCACCUCCGACGUCAGAAGUGAUUUCCGUUACGCUGAACACCUAUCUUUUUUGUGUAUCGCAGCUGCUGCCAGGGAACCGAAAAAUGCGUUUUGUGUUGGUGCGGGUGAUGACGAUGAGGAAUCAAUGUUGAUGGCCACUCCCAAAAGAGCGAGAGAAGUGAUAAGCGGACCGAGAACUCCAAAAGUUCCAAAGCUUUCAAGGAAGCCCGACUCGUUCGAAGAAGUAAUGAGGGAGGAAAUGGAUAAAACACGCCAAACCAUGUUAAAAAUGUUCGAAAGUCCCACGACUGGUGCUUCUAUGUGUUCGAAUGAUCGUGUCUGUGAAGUCUACGCAAACGUGGCAUCCGGAAAGUCGCGGUGGGAAAUGUUAGAGAUGGAAGGAAAAGUCAUCGCCUAUAUCAGCAGCUUCCGAAACAGAGGCGGCUCCGAGCCACCUCUUUCAGUCGAUCAACGUGAUCAGGAGAACACGUACUUUGCAUUGGGAGAGCCGUCGUAUCGACCAUUCUAA